AUCAAUCCCUCUUCUCAAGCUCGCUGGCAUCCAGCUCUGGACCGCGCUUCAAGGCUUCAGCUUGACAUUCAUUCCGUUGCGUCUUCCGUCCUUUUUUUGCCGAGUCUGGCCUGCUUUGCUGCUAUUGAGGUGUUCCUUUGCACGACGCAUCUGCACUCUACGCUGCCGGCGCCAUGAUUCCGCCCCAGCAAACCCUGGUCAAGUACGACAACCCGGUGCUGAUCAGCAAGUCGACUGACAAGAAGGCCUCACGGGUGAAGGGGUCGCGCCGCAAUGUCUCGUCUCCUUCCAAGGCGGCAACUUUGACACCUGGCGCUCCUGUUCCUCAGCCCCCACGGGCCCAGAAAUUGCCACCUGUUGAAAAGAAGGCGUCUCCGCAAACGGAGGAGAUCCUGAACGCUAUCUUGCCUCCCCGCGAGUUCUCCGAGCAAGGGCAGCUCUGGGUGCAGUCUGUUUCUGCUGGGCCUGCUACCCGUAUUGAUGUUAUCAACUUACAAGAGCAGCUGGAUGGCAAGUUGCAGCAACGCCAAGCGCGCGAGACUGGCAUUUGUCCCGUGCGUCGUGAGCUCUAUUCCCAAGUAUUUGAUGAGCUUAUCCGUCAGGUGACAGUGGAAUGUGCUGAGCGCGGUCUCCUCUUGCUGCGUGUGCGCGAUGAGCUGCGCAUGACGCUUGCUGCGUAUCAGACAUUGUACGAAAGCAGCGUGGCCUUUGGUAUGCGCAAGGCACUGCAGGCUGAGGCGGGCAAGGGUGAUAUGGCGGGCGAGAUUGACCAGUUGAAGCAAGAAAACGCCGAUUUGCAGGCCGAGGUGAUGAAGCUCAAGGCCAAGUGCGAGGAGAUUGAGCAGCGCGAGAAGGAGCGCCGUGCCACAGAGCAACGUCAACACGAGGAAGAACUCCAGUUCCUCAAGCGCACAAAUCAACAGCUCAAGACGCAACUGGAGAGCAUACUCGCGCCUCCCAAGAAGUAAAACUGUCGCCAUGCGAUUUUCUCUGUUGGCGAAGACAAGCGUGCUUGGAUCACAGAAAUACGGACACGUGCUUUUCCCCUUGAUGUCAUGGACUCAAGAAGGUCUUGUCCUAUUGCGUAGUGGGGCGCGGUCGUGCGUCUUCUGGUUUCCGGUUGCUUCAUUUGUUUUAAUCAAACUGUGCCAACGUCGGCGAAAGCUGCUGUUAAUGGCCCUUUGCCGUGUGUUCGUGUGUGUAUGUGGGUCGUGUGCGUAUGUCUAUGUUCUCCUUGGUCGUCGUGCGGCCACCUGGAUGUUGUGCUGGCCCCAAUUCAGUCAAGUUUACAGUC